ACAACAAAUCACUCCAUUGUAUCUCAAAAAAUUUCUUUCUCUAAAUUAUUUCUUCCCCUCAACAAAUUUCACAAAAUUUUUAUUUCUACUGUUAUCGAUUCAAUUACAAAAGAAGAAACACAGAUAAAUGGCAAUUCCUGCAUAUGCAAAUAUUCAUUGGGAUGGUAAUAUUAUAAAUAAUUGCAAUGGUUAUGAUUAUGAAGGAGGUUUUUCAAAGAUUAUCCCAAUGGGUAAACGGAUAAGUUUUAAUCAAUUGGUUGGUAAAAUAGCUCGUGCAAUUGGAUUAUCCGAUAAUAAUGAAUUUAUUGAGACUAUUAGUUUUAGGAAGCCUACAAUUGUGGAUGGAUCCUUACAAUUUGAGUGUAUGGAGAUAUGGGGUGAAGAUGAUUUAUCAAAUAUGUUUAAUUACUUGUACCAAAUUGGUGGCAUACCGGGUAUAGAAAUAUAUGUUAAGAUACUUCGUAGUGUUGAUACUACAAAUAAGGAUGAUGAUAUUGGUCCAUCUGGAACUGCUGUUGAAUCAAAUGAUGAACCAUGUGAAGAGCAAAAUAUUGUUGAUGAUUACGCUUUAUCUGAUAGUUUUGCAGGGCCGUCAAUUAAUAUUUCUGAUACAGUGGAGAAUGAGAACGAGUACGAGGAUGAGGACGAGGAUGAGGAGGACGAUGAUUCAUGGAUGUCUACUGAGGAUGAUGAGGAUGAUAAUGGUCAGGAGGAUAUUGGGAGUGAGUCUCGAUAUUACAACACACAAUUUUCUAAUCCCAUUGUGCCUGUUGUUCAUCCUCCCCCAUACGCAGAAAUAGACUUUGAUUUGCUGAGGGUGGAUCCUUAUGAUAAGCCAGAAGGUCGUUACUUUUGGGAUCCAUCUAAAGAGUUUUCAGUUGGGAUGAUAUUUUCAUCGAGAGACGCAGUGGCGGCGGCUGCAAAAGAAUAUCAUCUAAGACAUCAUCAUCAAUUUUGUUAUCAUGACACAAGAUCUAAGACGUAUUCUAUACAGUGUAAAGACAAAGACAGUGGAUGUGCAUGGAGGCUUCGAGCAUCCAAGAAAGAAGGAGAUGAUGUAUGGAAAAUCACGAGAUACAGUGGACCGCACACAUGUACAAAUCCUCAGUUGACAAAAAACCACAGCCAAUUGGAUGAGAAUUUCAUUUGUUCGUUCAUAUUUGCAUUAGUUGAACAACAGCCGGAUAUAAAAAUUGCUGCACUACAAGCUGAAGUGCGGGAUAAAUAUGGGUAUGAGCCUUCUUAUCAGAAAACAUGGAAAGCUAAGCAGAAGGCAAUCGCAAGGCUUUAUGGGGGUUGGGAUGAAUCAUACAAUCGUUUGCGUAGAUUCAUGACUGCUCUUCAUCAUUUCAAUCCAGAAAUAGUAUACAUGAUUGAAGAUAAUCCACAUUGGAUUAAUGAACGAUUAAAUCCGAUGUGUCGUGUAUUUGAUCGUAUGUUUUGGGCUUUUAAGCAAUCGAUCGAGGGAUUUAAACAUUGCCGACCUGUUAUCUCAAUAGAUGGCACAUUCUUGUACGGAAAAUACACCGGGUGUAUACUGUGUGCAACCGCACUUGAUGGAAAUAAUCAACUAUUUCCAUUAGCUUUUGCCAUUGUUGAUAAGGAGGACGGUGACAAUUGGUCAUGGUUUCUAGAUUGCUUAAGGAUAUUUGUGACCACUCGAGAAGAUUUGUGUGUAAUUUCAGAUCGCCAUGCUGGAAUUCUUAAGUCAAUGCAGAAAGAUUGGUGGCAACCUCCAGCUGGUCAUUAUCGUUACUGCAUCAGACAUGUCCUGAGCAAUUAUAAUAAGACAUUCAAAAAUGCAGCAAUAAAGGAAGCGUUGCGCAGGGCAGCAAAUGAAAAUCAGAAAAGAAAGUUUUAUGAGGCAAUGACCAACAUUCGGGAGGUGCACCCAGAAUCAUACGAUUGGGCGAUUAAGAUAAAUUUAGAUAAAUGGACGAGAUCCCACGAUGGUGGACAGAGGUAUGGCGUUAUGACAACGAACAUGGCAGAAUCACUCAAUGGCAUGAUGAAAGGAUUUCGGGCUUUGCCAAUAACGGCAAUGGUUGAAAAAAUAUUUUUCCAGUGUGUCCAUUACUUUGAUACGCGGAGGACCACAUUUUUGGAUCAACAAAGCAAAGGCUAUGUUUUCAGUCAGUAUUGUAGUGAAGCACUGCGUGCUAACACGAUCAAAGCAAAUGCACAUAGAGUGAGACGAUUCAAUACUCAGACAAUGGUUUGCGAAAUCAUUACCGCAAACGGAAGGCAAAAGCAAGUGGUCAAACUCAUGGAGCAAACAUGUAGUUGUGGCAAAUUUCAGGAGAUAAGAAUACCUUGUUCUCAUGCUAUUGCUGCAUGCAUGUCGCAUUCAAUUGACUACGAACAAUUUGUAUCUGACUAUUACAGAUUGGAGCGUACACUUCAAUGUUACGCGUACUCGUUCCAUCCUCUUGGUCAUCAUGCCUAUUGGCCUGCAGCAGAUGGACUUCCUCUCGUGCCUGACAUUUCGAGAACAAGGAAGAAGGGACGCCCAAAGUCCUCUAGAAUACGUAAUGAGAUGGACUGGAGGUCAAACAAAAUCAAAGAAACGUCCAGAGUGCAUUGUUCAAUAUGUGGCAGGGUGGGGCACAAUAAAAAAACUUGUAUGAGUGGGCAAUCAAGUAGAUAA